AUGUCUGAAAAACAUUUAGCUACAGGUGACCCUCUACCGCUUCUAAAAGAUGGUACAAUUCGAUUAUAUAGUAUGAGAUAUUGUCCAUAUGCACAGAGGUCAAGAUUGGCGUUACUUGCUAAAGGAAUACAGUAUGAAACAGUUAAUUGCAAUUUAAAGUACAAACCUAAAUGGUUAUUUGAAAAGAAUCCUAAAGGACUCGUACCUGUGUUGGAACACAAUGGUAAAGUCGUAUUUGAAUCUUUGAUAGUAAAUGACUAUUUGGACCAGGAGUAUGUUGGUAAAAGACGACUGAAUAAUCGAGACAUUUACCUGAAAGCCGUGGAUGAUAUGGUUAUGAGUAUAUAUAAUGACAAGGUUAUACGCCCCUUUUUCAGACUGAAUUUGGCGGCAAGGACUGACACACGUGAAAAAACGAUGGCUCAGUUAAUGAAAGGGCUCCGGAUUGUAGAAACAGAACUUAAGAGACGAGGAACACAGUAUUUUGGAGGUUCUCAGCCUGGUAUGUUGGAUUACAAUAUGUGGCCUUUCUUGGAAAGAUUGAAGAAUACAGAAAUCAUAACGGGUGAAACAAUCUUCAGCGAUAAAGUCCCAUUAUUGGAUAAAUACAUAGAUGAUAUGAUGAAAGAUGGACCAGUGAAAGAAACGUAUACUUCACCUGAAGUGCAGUUGAAAUGGAUAAUGGGUUACAAGUCUGGUAAAUUACAGUAUGACGGAUUGGAAGAAGUUAAAUCCAAACUGUAG